GGACCGGGUGAUCAUCGCGGACAAGGAACGCCAUCACACCUCUGCCCAGGUCGCAAACGACCCCCGGUCCCCCAGCUAUCGACCCCGUGGGCGGGGGCUGUGGAACGGGAUUUCCGGCGAGGCGGAGGCGGGAGUUCCGAUGAGGGGCGGAGUCCGAGCGAGAUUUACGGCGGUGAGAGCGCGGGUCGACGCCAGGCGAGACUUCCGGCGGCACGGGCACCGGAGACCCGGCGGAAUUUAUGGGGGCUGGGCGGGACUUCCUGUGGCCCCGAAGUGGGCGUGGUCUCCGGGGUUUCCGGCGUUAUGGGCCGGAUUGCUGGCGUGCUUUGCGCGGGGCGAGGCCGGGACUUCCGACGGCGCCGGAAGUGCGGAUCAUCAGGUUGCCGGGUGGUGGAGGACGCGUUAGGGUAGAGACCGUCUCCGGUGUCUCCGCGUCGGUCCCUGGCGCCGUGUGGCUGGGAAGCGACGGUGGCAGCGCACGGCCCGGCAGGCAGGGCGGCGGGCUCGGCGGCGGCGUGAUAGCUUAUUGCAGGAGUGACCAGGAUAUCACCUUAUAGAAGUAAUGCCCACAGAAAGCGGGAGCUGUUCAACUGCUCGCCAAGCAAAACAGAAACGCAAAUCUCAUAGCCUUUCUAUACGAAGAACUAACAGCUCUGAACAGGAGAGAACGGGUUUGCCAAGAGAAAUGUUAGAAGGACAAGAUUCUAAACUGCCUUCCUCAGUUCGCAGUACACUUUUGGAACUGUUUGGUCAAAUAGAAAGAGAAUUUGAAAACCUUUAUAUUGAAAAUUUAGAAUUGCGUAGAGAAAUUGAGACUCUUAAUGAGCGUUUAGCUGCUGAAGGACAAGUAAUCGAUGGGGCAGAACUGAGUAAGGGCCAACUGAAAACUAAAGCCAGUCACAGUACCAGCCAGCUUUCUCAGAAGCUGAAGACCACUUACAAGGCCUCCACCAGUAAGAUUGUCUCCAGCUUCAAGGCCACCACAUCAAGGGCUGUGUGCCAGCUUGUGAAGGAGUACAUCGGCCACAGGGAUGGCAUCUGGGAUGUCAGUGUGGCGAGAACACAGCCUGUGGUGCUGGGGACCGCAUCUGCUGAUCACACAGCAUUGCUGUGGAGCAUUGAGACGGGGAGGUGUCUCAUCAAGUACACUGGCCAUGUGGGGUCAGUAAAUUCUAUAAAAUUCCACCCAUCAGAGCAGUUGGCUCUCACUGCUUCUGGAGACCAGACUGCUCACAUUUGGAGAUACGCGGUUCAGCUGCCGACACCCCAGCCUGUGGCCGACACUAGUAUAUGUGGCGAGGAUGAAGUUGAGUGCUCUGACAAGGAUGAGCCUGAUGUGGACGGAGACGUGUCCAGUGACUGUCCUACCAUCCGGGUGCCAUUGACUUCCCUUAAGAGUCACCAGGGAGUAGUCAUAGCUGCUGACUGGCUGGUUGGGGGGAAGCAGGUGGUGACGGCCUCCUGGGACCGAACAGCAAACCUGUAUGACGUGGAGACGGCGGAGCUCGUGCACUCCCUGACAGGGCAUGACCAAGAACUCACGCACUGUUGUACACACCCCACCCAGCGGCUCGUGGUAACCUCCUCCCGUGACACGACCUUCCGUCUGUGGGAUUUUAGGGACCCGUCCAUCCACUCUGUGAAUGUUUUCCAGGGCCAUACAGACACCGUGACCUCUGCCGUGUUCACCGUGGGAGAUAACGUCGUUUCAGGCAGUGACGACCGCACUGUGAAGGUCUGGGAUUUAAAGAACAUGAGAUCCCCCAUUGCAACCAUUCGUACGGAUUCUGCCAUCAACAGGAUCAAUGUAUGCGUUGGCCAAAAAAUCAUCGCCCUCCCCCAUGACAACCGACAAGUCAGAUUGUUCGAUAUGUCCGGCGUGCGGCUGGCGCGGCUCCCCCGCAGCAGCCGGCAGGGCCACAGAAGAAUGGUGUGCUGCUCGGCGUGGAGCGAGGACCACCCCACCUGCAAUCUGUUCACCUGCGGGUUUGACAGGCAAGCCAUAGGCUGGAACAUCAACAUCCCUGCAUUGUUACAGGAAAAAUAAGGUGCCGGCAUUCCUUAGUUUCAUAGUUUGCCACGGACCUGUGACUGGAGCAGGCUUUUCUCAUACCGAUCAGCCAUUUUUGUGAGAGCUGGACCCUGAGAAGGGUGAUUUGUAUAUGUCCUUUUCCCAUUGUACCCAGCUUGCAUGAUGUACAGAACUGUGGUUAUGUUUUUAUUCCGUCUUGUCUGUGCUGGCAUCCUCUGGUCAGUGGGAACAAAGCCGCUCCCUUAGCACGUGGCAUUUGACAUAAUGACAGGAGGGCAUCACACUUGUGUGAGUUCAAUGUGAACCUGUGUACUUACUGUGAGUGUAAGUCUGUGGCAUUUCUGGAAUAAUCCUACAUAUCUACCUUGUCCUGGGAGACUGCAGAGCUGUGUUUGCGUUGGCUGAUGAAUGGUGGGAUUGGCAAAAAAUUUUAUGUUUACUUCCAUGUGAAGUUGUAGCACGUUCUGUUGUAAUUCAGCUUCAGCUCUUCAUCCUCUUACAGUUCUGUGAAAUUAACCUGGAUCUUAGAAGUUAAAAAAAAUAGCAUCAGAUGUUGAGUUUGCAGGAUUCAUUUUUUUUUUUUUAAGAAAAAGUUUGUUCUUUUUAUAGAAAAUCAUUUCAAUACCCUGAGGUCUCAUAUUAGCAAAUUCUAAAAUAUGAUGAUUCUAAUCACCAAUUUCAGAUCGUAAGCAAAAUUUAAAGCACUUUAGUUUAUAGCUGUGGUUAUAAACAAUUUUUAGAAGUUUCAAAUAACUUAUCCAUUAAAUGUGACUUGACCUUUUUAAGAAGGCUGUGCUACCUGAAGACAAAACCUUAUUUAUUUUCUACACCUUUGGUUUGCAUAUUUCUACAUGGGUUCACUUCUUUGGUGGUAUUUGAGAGCCAACAAUGCAAAUAAAUGAGUACUACCUCAAAAAUAAAUGUUUGGAAAACUUGGGAGUCUUACUGUGCCUAGCUAACUAAGCACUUUGGCUUUUAGCUGGAAUACUGAGUUCAGUUCAGAAGGCAAGAAAGACAAUCAGCAAAUGUAAUGGAAAGGCACUUGCAUUAGCUAGCUACCAGGGUGGCAGCCGCAGCCAUAGUUCACAGGUGACAAGAUGCUCCUGUCUCAGCCGCCAGGACACCUCUCAGUGCCAACCCUCCCACUGCUGGAGUGGGCCUGUCACCCUUGCCUUCUUAGCAGUUACUGUGUUUGAUGUUUGUGAGUUUGUGUUAUUGUUGAGUUACAGUUUUGAUAAAGAAGACAUCUCAGUGUACUGCUCCUCAUAUUUUUAAUCCUUUGAAUAUGUCGGAAACUGGCCCCUUGGAGAGAUACAAGAGGGUAACGUUGAAAACGACCCAUUCCUGUGUCUCCUAUUUUGUAGUGACACAGCUGGGCACCAUUCGCUGCAGGCUGCCCUGGGGUGGAGCGCCUGGGCUCGGUCCUACAGUAGCUAAUUUUUGAAACUUCAGCCCUGAGUCCUUGGUGAUUCUGAAAUGAUUUACAGAGCCUGGAAGGGAGAGAGACCAGGAAAAGCCAGUAAUAAUAAUAGAGUUGAGGUUGCUAACGAAGGACAAACAAUGCUUUAGAGCGACUUUAUUUUUAAAGCUAAAGAAUUGGUUGUAUUUUUAAAGUGUGACAUUUGCCCUAAGCACACUGUUUGAGAACCAAGUCAGCUGGUCACUAUGGGUCUAAGCACCAGGUUCAGGCACUGCUCUCCUGAGUGGUCUCGUGCUGAGAUGGCUGAUGGUCACACCUUCUCUACCGCACCUCACCCCAAAGACAUGAGCACAGUGAGUUCUUAAUGAUAAGUUGCGUAACCGCACUCUUGGGUUCCUCUUGUGUUUUAAUUUGAAUGUCUGGCUGUCUUAGAAUCACCAUUAGGAACACUGAAAAAUGUAUACAAAUAGGUAAAUCAAACUUAAGAACCAGAUCUCUUCCAGAUUAAAAAAUUUGAAACUUUUAGCUUGCCUGGUGUCAACCCAUGAAACAAGAAGUCCCUGGUUCAAUUCCUGGUCAGGGCACAUGCCCUUGGUUGCUGGCUCGAUCCCCAGUAAGGGGGUGGGUGCAGGAGGUAGCCGAGCAAUGUUUCUCAUUGAUGUUUCCAUUUCUCUAUCCCUCUCCCUUCCUCGCUCUCUGAAAAAAUCAAUAAAAAGAUUAAAAAAAAUUUGAAGUUUUAAAAUAUAUGUUGUGAUGGCCAUUUAAUUCUGUGCAGACCAAUGCCCUUCAUGGCCGACAGCUGCUCACGUUGCUAAGUGGAGGGGCCAGCCUCCCUGUCUCCUUGAGUGCAGAAGGCCUCAGGGAGCUGGGGCUGUUCCCAGGAGCAGGACACGCUUCUGCUACCUGCUGUGUGUCCUCUGAGGGCAUCCUUCCAGCUGCUCUGGUCAUAUUGCUGGUGAUUUCAGGAGUCAUGAAGGAGAUUAGUGAUAGUGUGUGCAUGUAUGUGCUUGAAUAUGUGUGUGUGUAUGAAUGUUUGUGUGGCUGAAAUUGUCAUGUCAUCAGCCACAAGUGAUCUCAUCUGAAAUAGUGUUUUGAAAUGGGAAUUGUUUUCUCCUAUAUGAUGUCCAGAAUUUCAUUUAAUAAUGCAAAGAGAAUGUGGUUACUGAAAAAUAUGCGUUGAUAGAGAAUUUUGUACAAGAUGCAUUGGACAAAGCAACACUCCUUUUCAACCACUGCACAUUGGUUUCUGUAGAGUCAAAGAUUCUGUACAUAUUUUGCCAUCUGAAGAAUCCUUUGUAAAAUUAUUUGUUGCUUAAAUCUGUGAAAAACAAGUUUCUUUGGAGGAAGUACACCUUUGUAAGUGUUGUGUAGAAGCAAGUGUUUUUAUUGUAUUGAUGUAAUUGUUUUUAAGUGUUCAGUGUCUUCAUUGCAAAAUGAAAUUCAUUAAAAAUCCAUGUUCCAUAA